CAACGGCAUCCCUUUCAGCCCACCAGUCCUUUCACCAUGAUCGUCCCACCCUUCAAGCAGCGCCUGUCCGGUUCCGCCCUGGCUGUUCUCGUCGUUCUCUUACUCGCAUCCCUUGUCUCAGCCACUGGUAUCUUCCAAAGUUGUCAGCUCAACGGCCUAAAGGACAUCAAAAAAUGUCCACCCGGCACCGUUUUUGCCAAAGACAGCGCCGAGCUGCAGUCGGCCAUUGACGGCAAAGCUCCUGUGGUCAUGCUAGUCUACGAUGCGGCGAAGCCCGAAGCCUUCUAUGGUCGCCAAAUUGAGGUCAAGCGCUCUGUUCGCAUCAUCAGCACGUUUGUAUUCAACAACGACACAAAGGAAGCGAAAGAGACUUUCGAUAUAUCGCGGAGCUUACUCGCUGCCGAGGCCAAAGGUGCCGCGAACGCCGGGUCCGCCGUGCUCUCCAUCGUUGGGAAUGGGAUCGAAGUCCUCAUCGACGAUCUCAUCAUUGUCAAUCAGGCUGAUCAACUUGGGCGAAAAUCUGCACAACCAUGUCCAGCUGUCUACGUUGGUCCUGGCGCGUCGGUCCACUUCACCAACGCGCGCAUACUCGGUAUCCACAGCGCCGUGGUCUGCGACGGACGCUGCGUCCUUGGCACUGGCGCCGUGAUUGGUUGGACCAACCUUCUUGCCGGGAGUGGUCUGAUCCAAGCGCACAGGACCGAAUUCAGGGCACUAGCGAAUGGUGCCAUCCUCGCUGCUCCUCAGGGUCAUCUGGCAGGCGCAGUAUCGCUAAUCUCACCCUAUUUUACGAUGCAAUUAGACGAAAAAGUGAAACCCAUAGCUGGCAGCUCGUACCUCGCAGCUCCCGGAGAUGAGCUCGCUGUUGUGACGAUCGACGGUGGCACUUUCAUGGCUCCAAUUUGGAGCUCCAAAUUGUGGCUAGCCAAGGGCGCUGGCUCUUUUGAACCAAUAAAGACAGUGUUCACGGCUCAAGGUCUCGAGGGUGAAUACUUCAACGCCAAAGAGGUUGACACGAAGCUCGACUCCACCAGUCGCAUCAGCAAGGACUACCUUCACGCUGCCACCACACGAGACUCAUUCUUCAAAGAGGACGAUUGGACUCCCAGACUGGAGCCCGGUGUGCCUGAUGCUGACUGGGACAGUCCGACUUUCAAGUGGCAUUAUAAGGGUCUCAGUAUUGCCGAGAACGGCGACCCGGAUGAUCCUGCUGGCGAGGGCUCUCCUGCCGCCGGCGGUGGCAGCAAAGAGGAGGAGCGCAAGAAGUCCAACGACUCUGGUGGCGAUUCUCCUGCGGGCAGCGGUGGCAGCUCAGCGAGCGCCGGCAGCAAAGAGGAGGAGAACAAAAAGUCCAACGACUCUGGCGGUGCUUCUCCUGUGGCUAGCGGUGGCAGCUCCGCAGAUUCCGGCAACAAAGAGGAGGAGAACAAAAAGUCUAGCGACUCUGGAACUGCUUCUCCCGCGGGCAGCGGUGGCAGCUCAGCAGGCUCCGGCAGCAAGGAGGAGGAGAACAAAAAGUCUAACGACUCUGGAACUGCUUCUCCCACGGGCAGCGGUGGCAGCUCAGCAGGCUCCGGCAGCAAAGAGGAAGAGAAGAAAAAGAUGCAAAAGCAAAAACGAAGUCGAAUGCCAGACUUGCUCUGA